ACAAUAAAAGAGUAAAAUUGAAGGACUAUUUUUUCCAUAAGCAGUCGAUUAAAAGAAAAGCUUACGUGAUAAUUGAUGCUAAAUAUUGCUAACGAUCAAUGUUCCUUUGCAAAACAUCGAAUGUCCCAAAAGUUUCAUCAAGUAACAAAAAGAUGGAUAGUGCUGGUUUGGAUAUUAAAUGGAGUCUAAAAGAGGAAAACAAUUGUCAAUACCUACUGGAAAUUUAAAACCAAUUUUGACCAACAACUAAAUUUUUCCGAAUAAAAAUGCAUAAUAUUAGGAAAAUAGCACAUUUGUAGAACAAAAUGCAGUUCGACUCUAAAUUUAGCACUACCAAACAUACAGCUCUUAACCUUCCUUUUCCGGUCGUGAGAGUUUGAUGUACACCUAAGGCUGAAGAUACAGUGACUGGCUGUUGCUCCACCAGUGCUGCCGUGCAAAGGAAAAAAAGGACCAAAUAGGCCAAGAUGGGAGCCUACAAGUACAUGCAGGAGUUAUGGCGCAAGAAGCAGAGUGAUGUGAUGCGUUACCUGCUGCGCGUGCGGAUGUGGCAGUACCGCCAGCUGAACAAGAUCCACCGCUGCGUCCGGCCCACCCGCCCUGAGAAGGCGCGGCGUCUCGGCUACCGGGCCAAGCAGGGAUACGCCAUCUACCGCGUUCGCCUGCGCCGCGGAGGCCGCAAACGCCCGGUGCACAAGGGCGCCACCUACGGCAAGCCGGUGCGCCAGGGAGUGAAUGAGCUGAAGCUCAACAUGAACCACCAGUCGGUGGCCGAGGGUCGCGUCGGCAAGAAGUGCAACGCGCUGCGUGUGCUCAACUCUUACUGGGUUGGCCAGGACGCCACCUAUAAGUACUUCGAGGUGAUUCUCGUCGAUCCCGCGCAUAAGGCCAUCCGCCACGACGCUAAGAUCAACUGGAUCUGUAACGCCGUGCACAAGCACCGCGAACUGCGCGGCAAGACCUCGGCCGGCCGUAAGCACCGCGGCAUCGGCCACGGACGCAAGUUCAACAACACCAAGGGUGGCUCGCGACGGGCCAACUGGCUGCGACGGAACACGCUCUCGCUGCGCCGCAAACGUUAAAUUGCCCUAUUGCCGUCCGCCUAAUGUUGCCACUGUCGCGGCCGCGGGUCUUCGUGACAAAAAUACACGCUGCUCAGAGCCGGGA